AUGAGGAUAGGAGCCCCUGUGAGACUGAAAGAUGUGGCAGGAGAGGCAUAUUACCCUUUAUUGGAAGAUGAACAGUCUAGUCUGUCCCAGUCCAACAGCAGCAAUGAGCUGUCUUGCACCGUCACGCUGCCACUCAUCAUCAGGGAGAGGGACACAGAGUACCAACUCAUCCGCAUCAUCCUCUUCGACAGGCUCCUCAAGGCAUACCCAUACAAGAAGAACCUGGUGUGGAAGGAGGCGAGGGUGGACAUUCCUCCUCUCAUACGUGGACUGGCCUGGGCUGCUCUCCUGGGAGUCGAGGGGGACAUUCAAGCCAAAUAUGACAGCAUUGAUAAGGAUACUCCUAUACCCACUGACAGACAGAUUGAGGUGGACAUCCCUCGCUGUCACCAGUAUGACGAGCUACUGUCCUCGCCACAGGGCCACAGGAAGUUCAGGCGUGUGCUCAAGGCCUGGGUGGUGUCUCACCCUGACCUGGUCUACUGGCAGGGUUUGGAUUCACUUUGUGCACCAUUCCUCUGGCUGAAUUUCAACAAUGAAGCCCUGGCGUACGCCUGCAUGUCGGCCUUCAUCCCCAAAUACCUGUACAACUUCUUCCUGAAGGACAACUCUCACGUUAUCCAAGAGUACCUCACCGUCUUCUCCCAGAUGAUCGCCUUCCACGACCCGGAGCUCAGCAACCACCUCAAUGAGAUCGGAUUCAUACCUGAUCUCUAUGCCAUUCCGUGGUUCCUCACCAUGUUCACACACGUCUUCCCCUUACACAAGAUCUUCCACCUGUGGGACACCCUGCUCCUGGGGAACAGCUCCUUCCCCUUCUGCAUCGGCGUGGCCAUCCUGCAGCAGCUCCGAGACCGCCUGCUGGCCAACGGCUUUAACGAGUGCAUCCUGCUGUUCUCCGACCUGCCAGAGAUUGACAUUGAGCGCUGCGUCCGGGAAUCCAUCAACCUGUUCUGCUGGACUCCCAAGAGCGCCACUUACCGCCAGCACGCGCAGCCUCCCAAGGCCCAGGGAGACAGCAGCACCAACGGCUUCGGCAAGACGGCCAACUACUACUCCUCAGACUACCAGGACAUGCCCAAGACGGACCUGUCGCGGGAGCCCUUGGCGCUGAGUGACCUGAAAGCCGAGGUGUCCCCCCGUAUCUCAGCCGAGGACCUCAUUGACCUGUGUGAGCUGUCGGUUGGGGGUCAAACCAAGAGGAGCAAGGCCAGCAAGCCAAAGAUCCUUGCCGUCGACAUCCGCAGCAUCGAGGACUUCGGCCGAGGCCACAUCUCGGGCAGCAUCAGCAUCCCCUACAGCACGGCGUUCUCUCCGGACGGGGAGCUGGUGCAGUGUCCCGCCACCGGCACCCUCCAGAGCUUCAGGGGACGUGUCAUCGUGGUCAUCAGCCACGCCAUGAAGAGUGCUGCCAUGUUUGCGACUCACCUGGUGAAAGUAAACUACCCUCGGGUGACCACCCUGGACGGAGGCAUCAACAAGAUGAAGCCCACAGGCCUCCUCACUGUCCCCUCCCCCCAGAUCUGAUCAGAGACCACAACCGCCAGCUGCCAAACAAACUCGGUCCCGCCCACACAAACAAAAGGGAUCCGCUCGUCCAUAGUCUACCAACGGGCAUUCUUUUUUUCUUUUUUUAUAUAAACUUAUCGUAAGAACAUUUUGAAAAUAUUUGCUUGUGUUUCUGUAUAUUGUUUAACUUUUAGAUUUCAUAAUUUGAUGUAACAGUCUCUUUUUUUUAUUCUUACGUUGUAGUACUGUAUGUAUGUGCUCAGAGAUGUCACAGCAUUAAAAUGACUGAGAUCAGCUC